AUGCCUCUACUACGCAAGCCCAAUCCUACGGUUUCUUUAACACCGUCUGCUUCUGUGCCUGUUACCUUGUCCCAGCCAAAGAGCUCCAAGAACGACAAAUCGAUCACUUAUACUUUUUCGUCCCCAAUACGGCGACCACCGUCCGUAGCUGCCGAACUGGUCAAGUUGUCCUCUUCGAACACGGUUCCGAAAUUUUCAUUCAGUAGUCCACUCCGGUCCUCUCGUUCCUCCAGUGCCCUAUUUUAUGCGCACAGCGAUUACCCCGUCUCCUCACAUACGAAUCCCAGCAACCCAGUUGUUUCCACUUCCAGCUCUCCAAUAUUCACACUUAUCGUGAAAUCGUCUGCUGAUUCGGACUCACAUACAACAUCUAAGGUGGCACCUAAGUUCGAAUUCGGCUCACCAAAACUGAUUUCUGUUCCAAGUACCACGGGGACUCAUCCAACAUUCACAUUCGGAUCGUCGUUCAGUGCGACUCCGGGUGCAUCAAACAUUUCCUCGACUAAUUCUAACCUGAACUCUGUCGCUCCAGCCACACAAACAGCACCCGCGUUUGGUGGAAUCCAGUUGGGAGCAUCAGUGUCUGCUCCUUUCUCUUUCGGCUCAGCACAACCCAAUUGUACUUCAUCCACAACAGCCGGAAAUAUUUUCUGCUUUGGGAGCAACACUCAGGCAACCGAUGCACCAGGAUCGAAGCCACCACUAAGCUUCGGUGCUCCAACACCAUUACCUCCUGGACAAAGUGCCAACAGUUCGUCCAACUUGUUCUCGGCCAAUGCCUCCGAGAUCAGCGCCCGUAAAAAGGUGCACGCAACUCGACGACUCAAUCGAUAA